UUGUCUCUUUUAGAUAAACUCUCUCCAUCACGGUCGGCGUCUGCACCACCAGAUCCAUAUUUUCAAAGCAGCCCUCCUCCAGUUUAUUCGAAUGCCUCUACUUUCAGCCUCUUGACAACUCCUGAGCAACCUUCACUGUCCUCCUUCAUAACUGACUCUCAGGAUAUUCCCUUACUUAACACGACAUCCAGAAGGACCGAACUUGGCACAGCAAACCAAGUUCGUGAGAAUUUGGGUUCUGGCAAACUGCCUUUUGGGGUUAGAAGGAGCUCGUCUUCAUCUACAGGACAGGGCACCACAGUGAGGGCUGAUCCCACUUUGGGAGACAAGAUUGGAGGAGAAGAAGAGUUGGACAUCCCGCCUUGGGAUCCCGUGGGCGAAUUGUUCCUUUAUUUCGUUCGCCGUGUGUCUUUCGGCUUCAACCGUGUCCGUCGAGGCCUGAGUAGGAAGGGGCCAGAUUAG